GUGCGAGGCGGUAAAGCGCACGUCCGACACCGGAGGAGCAGUUGGAGCCGUUUAUCCUCUCCCGGCUGACAGCUUGCUUUGGAGAAUUGCUCACCUCACACAUUAAAGUUUGUUAGAAAAGAUAUUCGUGGAAUAAUGCCGGAAACUAAAAAAUUCUUCGAGAACCUCGCUGGAGCAGGGAAAUGCAUUGGCGUCCUGACAAGCGGUGGAGAUGCUCAAGGCAUGAAUGCUGCUGUAAGGGCAGUGGUCAGAAUGGGGAUCUAUGUGGGAGCCAAAGUUUAUUUCAUUCAUGAGGGUUACCAAGGAAUGGUGGAUGGAGGUGACAACAUCAAAGAAGCAUCAUGGGAAAGUGUUUCCAGCAUGUUACAAGUGGGUGGCACUGUGAUUGGCAGUGCACGAUGUAAGGAUUUUCGCUCCCACGACGGACGUUUGCACGCAGCUUUAAACCUGGUGCAGUGUAGCAUCACUAACUUGUGUGUGAUUGGUGGAGAUGGCAGUUUGACCGGGGCUAAUCUCUUUAGGGAGGAGUGGAGCGGUCUAUUGGAUGAGCUUGUCCAAUCAGGUCAAAUCAGUGAAGAGGCGGCCCAGACUCAUUCUACACUGCAUAUUGUUGGGAUGGUGGGUUCUAUAGACAAUGAUUUUUGUGGGACAGAUAUGACCAUUGGCACUGACUCAGCACUGCACAGGAUCAUAGAGGUGGUGGAUGCAAUAAUGACCACUGCACAGAGCCAUCAGAGGACAUUUGUGCUGGAGGUCAUGGGGAGACACUGUGGGUAUCUGGCUUUAGUCAGCGCACUUGCGUGUGGGGCUGACUGGGUGUUGAUUCCAGAAAAGCCUCCCAAAGAUGGCUGGGAGGAACAGAUGUGUCAUAAACUAUCAGAGAACCGUGCUGAUAAGAAACGUCUUAACAUCAUCAUAGUAGCUGAAGGUGCUAUAGACCAAAACAACAAACACAUAACCACAGACUAUAUAAAGGAUCUGGUGGUGGGGUGUUUGGGGUUUGACACACGAGUAACCAUUCUGGGUCAUGUCCAGAGGGGAGGAACGCCCUCUGCCUUCGACAGGAUUUUGGCCAGUCGUAUGGGUGUGGAAGCCGUGCUGGCUCUAUUAGAAGCAUCUCCUGGUACUCCGGCAUGCGUGGUGUCUCUAUGUGGUAACCAGGCAGUCAGGGUGCCUCUGAUGGAGUGUGUUCAGAUGACCCAGGAGGUACAGAAGGCCAUGGACGAAAAGAGGUUUGAAGAAGCAGUAAAGCUGCGUGGCAGAAGUUUCGAAAAAAACCUGAACACCUACAAACUCUUGUCUCAUCACAAAACUGAUGCUGAACUUCCACAUAGUUCGUUUAAUGUGGCUGUAUUGAAUGUUGGAGCUCCUGCAGCUGGCAUGAAUGCGGCUGUGCGUUCGGCUGUCAGGGUAGGGAUCACAGAGGGCCACACCAUGUUUGCUGUUAAUGAUGGAUUUGAGGGCUUCUACAAGGGGCAGAUAAAAGAAAUCAAAUGGGGUGAUGUUGGGGGCUGGACGGGCCAGGGUGGGUCCCUGCUAGGAACUAAAAGAACUCUUCCAGCAAAACAUAUUGAUAAAAUCGCAGAACAAAUGAGGAUUCACAACAUCAAUGCUUUACUGGUUAUUGGAGGAUUUGAGGCAUAUCUGGGGCUGAUGGAGCUGGAAGAAGCUCGUUCCAAACAUGCAGAGCUUUGUGUUCCCAUGGUGAUGGUCCCGGCCACUGUGUCCAACAAUAUUCCUGGCUCAGACCUGAGUAUUGGGGCAGACACCGCUCUCAAUGCCAUCACGGACACGUGUGAUCGUAUAAAGCAGUCCGCCAGUGGUACGAAGCGUCGCGUGUUCAUCAUUGAGACCAUGGGCGGGUACUGUGGUUACCUGGCGACUGUGGGGGGGCUGGCGGCCGGAGCUGAUGCAGCAUAUAUCCAUGAAGAGCCGUUUGACAUUCGAGACCUACAGUCUAACGUGGAACAUUUAACUGAGAAGAUGAAGACCAGCAUCCAAAGAGGAUUAGUGCUCAGGAAUGAGAACAGCAGUGAGAACUACACCACUGACUUUAUCUACCAGCUGUACAAUGAAGAAGGCAAAGGAGUGUUUGACUGCAGAAAGAAUGUCCUGGGACACAUGCAGCAGGGUGGCACUCCAUCCCCGUUUGAUAGGAACUUUGGCACCAAGAUUGCAGCUAAAGCCAUCCAGUGGAUCUCAAAGAAGCUCAAAGAGUUUUAUCGAGAAGGCCGUGUGUUUGCAAACACUGAGGAUUCUGCGUGUUUGUUGGGAAUGCGACGCAGGGCUCUGGUCUUUCAGCCAGUGACACAACUCAAGGAUGACACAGAUUUUGUUCACAGGAUCCCCAAGGAACAGUGGUGGCUCAAACUGCGUCCACUUAUGAAGAUUCUGGCAAAGUACAAGACCAGCUAUGACGUGUCUGAUUCAGGCCAGCUAGAACACAUUGUCCGUCUGAGAGCUAAAGACAACUCGGCUAUUUAAAAUCAGCUGUGUAAAAUCAUGUAGUCUUGCAAGUAUAGAUACAUUUUUUAAGGUGAGGACCUGUGCUAGCAUUCCACACCAGAUCUACAGAAAUCGUCUUGACCUUAACACAUAAUCAUGAGAUAUAUAUAUAUAUAUCAAAUUCACAUUAAACUGUGACCGUAGACAUAAAUCCAAAUUAUUCAUCCUUAAAUGUUAGAACAGCGUAUUGUGACAAUGUCAGCUGACAAUCCAUAUGCUCAAGCAUUUAGCUAGUCAUCCCUGUUUAAUCAGGCAAGUGGUAAAUUUUGUGAAUAUUCAAGAUAAAUUAAGUCAUUUACGUCUUAUUUUGAAUGGAUUUGGAAAUCUGAAGAAAUAUAGUCCUGCUCUGCUGGCUUUCAGUGAUGUUAUUCCACAAUUAGACCUCUGAAAUGAGAGUAUGAAUUCCAAACUGCUGUCCUGUGUUUUCUGUGCCGUUUAGUGCAGGCAAUUUGUACCAAAGCAGACAUAAGUAUAACGUGUUUGUGUGUAAGCCACCACUGUGGCAUAAACUCCCUUUAGGAUGUAAUCAGUGUAUUGUCAUUUAUAAAUGUAUUAAGAGAUCACUGUUGCAUAGAUUUGGACAGAAUGCAUGCAAUAUUAACAUACUACACAUUGCACAUUUAUUGAUGAUUUGAAAUGAAAAUAUAAAGGUGAAGUUUUUCAUAGGAUUUAUCAUCCCGUUUAAACAUGUUGUUAUAAUAAUUCUAUACAUCCCAUAAAUACUAUUUUAAUAUUUCACAGAUCUCAGACCCCACAGAAUUGUACUGUUUUUUAAAUAACUGUAAAAACAAACAAAACUGUAAAGGUCAGCAUGAUCAUAAACAUAAUAGCACUUGAAUAAUAAUUAUUGUUAUUAUUCAGAAGCUGUUCUGUUUAUUUAAAAAACCUAUGUU